AGCUUGUUGCUCAGGAGGCGGAAGAGGGCGGAGCUAACAACCUCAAGCUGGUUGGUGGCGUUCCAAUAUGACGAGUGUUAAAAUUCAAUUUACCGUCACAUGAAAAGGCGUGAUGCCCAGCAUUUUUUUGUUUGUUUGUUGUAUCCUUUUAACUAACUGCAUUUCAUUGUUUUGCUCCUUUCCUUCCGGAAGAAGGAAGUGGCUUCCUCGAGCGCUUUGCUAUGAUACGUUAACGCGUCCGCCAUAUUGGAUAGGGCAACUCUGCCAAAACUGCGCCUGCAAAUACACGCACAUGGAAUUCGACAACGAAAGGACGGAUCUCACCCAAAGAUGGCGUCGCUGCGCUACCGGCGAGACCCGUGCGGCGUCCUCUGCUUGUUUUUGACGUACUUCAGCGUGUUGUACGCGGACUACGUGGUGGUGCAGUACGUCCUCAUCCCCGCGUACUCGGGCAGCGUCUGGUGCAGCCUGCACGGGUCCGCCUUCAACAUGGUCCUGCUGCUCCUGCUGGCCUGCCACUGCAAGGCGGUCUUCUCGGAUCCCGGCGUGGUGCCGCUCCCCGACACGGCGCUCGACUUCUCCGACCUCCGCUUGCAGUCGUCGUGGACGGGCGAGCGGGGCUGCGAGGGCUGGACGGUGUGCAGCCGCUGCGAGACCUACAGACCCCCGCGGGCGCAUCACUGCCGCGUGUGCCAGAGAUGUAUACGCCGCAUGGACCAUCACUGCCCCUGGAUCAAUAACUGCGUCGGAGAGCUGAACCAGAAGUAUUUUGUUCAGUUCCUCUUCUACACGGGCGUGGCCAGCGUGUACGCCACGCUGCUGGUGGUUUCGGCCUGGGUGUGGCGCACCUGGAGCGGGGGGGACGGCGAGGAGCACGACGCGCCCGGCAGGCACCUGAUCGUCGCCCACUACGUGAUCCUGCUGGCGGAGUCUGUUCUCUUUGGGGUCUUCACUCUGGUCAUCUUUUACGAUCAGUUGGCAUCCAUCACUGCCGACGAGACGCCCAUUGAGCAGAUGAGGAACGGUCUGAUGAUGAAGGACCGAGGCUCCUCGUCUCCGCAGCACACCACGCGCAAAGCCAAGCUGGCGUUGCUGCGGGAGGUUUUCGGGCGAGGUGAGACGCCGAGCCCGGCCGGCCCGUCGGCUGCCAUUUUCUGCCGUCCGUCUCCUCCCGUUCAAGGUUCCGUGUUCUGCUGGCUCCUCCCGCUGCACUCGGGCGGCGUCGUCUACUCGGCGCUGCCGGACUACGACGUCUGACCUCGGAAGUCCUCGGCUGACGCGUCGGCCGCUCCCCAGCUCUGAGGAUCCUUUGAAACUUUGUUUACUGAACCGAUGGCACGAAGCCAUCUUGCACUGAAAAAACACACUGAGAUUCCUUUAUUUUAUUAAUAUUCUUAUUUUUUUUUGCACUACUUAUUUAUUUAUUAGUUAUGUUUGGGGGGUUUUGUAGGUCCAACAAGGUCUUACACUUGAACUUUUGACACAAUGUAAUUGACACAUGGUGGAAAUUGCAACCUUUUUCUAUCGCACUUGUCCUGAUUAAAAUCAUUUUCCACCUUAAAUGACAAACAAUCUUUUGUGUGUCCCCCACCCCACCCCCGACACACACUCUAACCCAUGGGUCAAUUGUACCAGCAACCACCCAACCCAUUUUCUGGUUUUAUUUAUUUGUGGUCCUACGGAAGGUUACUGAGCGCCGCGUUGAAGCCCUUUUUUUUUUAGUAUAUGAAAAAUUAUUUCCUCUUUGAGGUUGCUAUCACUGGAAAUGUCAUAAAAAGGUCCAUUUUUUUUUUUUUUAAAGACGAGGCAAGAGGACCUCAUCAAAUUACAACAU